AUGAGCCACCUCGCUGAAGCAUUCUGGCAGCCCUUCUCCCAGGGCGCCCUCCGCCUCCUCCCCAAGCGCGGCGACGGAAUCAGGUCAAAGAGCAAGCGCGCAGACAGGAUCCCAGACCAAGCCGAACGGCCCCUCGUCACAGACUACCAUUCUAUCAACGACCCCUCGGUCCGUAUCCGUGUCCCCAAAAAAGUUCCCACGCCGGUCAAGGUAGAGGCCAAGGUCUGGUUCGCCAAUGAACGUACCUUCAUCUCUUACCUGUCCAUGGGGCUGCUACUAUCCACCAUUGCCUCUGGGCUCUUGUUUGGAGCCCACGACUCUCUGUCCAGGUGGUUUGCCUUCGUCUAUGCUGCCAUCUCUGCCGGCGUACUGAUCUAUGGCUGGGCUAUAUUCCAGAAGCGACUGACCAUGAUCUCUGCCCGAGACGCCGGAAGCUUUGACUUGCUCUGGGGUCCCCUACUCAUCUGCGCCGCCCUCUUCAUCGCCAUCCUUGCCAACUUUAUCUUUCGCCUACAAGACGCCAAGAAACAUACAGGGAUCAACCCACUAUCCUUCCAGAACGCCUGGUACCAAGCGGGCGUAAAGAGUACUUGGCUAUGA